CCAGGCCCGCAGGAGCCGCCGCCUCAGCCGCGCGCCCGGCGCCGCCUGCCGCACGCCUAACGAUAUUUGAAUUAGAGCAGCAUUUUGGAAUCUAAACUUAAAAUGCCACCCGCAAUUGGAGGACCAGUUGGAUAUACGCCCCCAGAUGGAGGCUGGGGAUGGGCAGUAGUCGUUGGAGCAUUCAUUUCCAUCGGCUUCUCAUACGCAUUUCCCAAAUCCAUCACUGUCUUCUUCAAAGAAAUUGAAGGUAUAUUUAAUGCUACCACCAGUGAAGUGUCAUGGAUCUCUUCCAUCAUGUUGGCUGUCAUGUAUGCUGGAGGUCCUGUCAGCAGUGUCCUGGUGAAUAAAUAUGGCAGCCGCCCAGUCAUGAUUGCUGGUGGCUGCUUGUCGGGUUGUGGCUUGAUUGCUGCUUCUUUCUGUAACACUGUACAAGAGCUUUACUUGUGUAUUGGAGUUAUUGGAGGACUUGGGCUUGCCUUCAACUUGAAUCCAGCUUUGACUAUGAUUGGCAAAUAUUUCUACAAGAAGCGACCAUUGGCCAAUGGACUGGCUAUGGCAGGCAGCCCUGUGUUCCUCUCCACCUUGGCCCCUCUCAAUCAGGCUUUCUUUGGUAUCUUUGGCUGGAGAGGAAGCUUCCUAAUUCUUGGGAGCCUUCUCCUGAACUGCUGCGUAGCUGGAUCCUUAAUGCGACCCAUAGGGCCUAAGCCAGUGGAGGCAGAGAAAGUUAAGUCCAAAGAAUCUCUUCAGGAAGUUGGAAAAUCUGGUGCAAAAAUAGGUGCAGGUGAUGCACAUACAGAUCUUAUAGGAGGAAACCCCAAACAGGAAAAACGAUCCUUCUUCCAAAUAAUUAAUAAAUUCUUGGACUUGUCCCUGUUCACUCACAGAGGCUUUUUGCUCUAUCUUUCUGGAAACGUGGUCAUGUUUUUUGGACUCUUUACACCUUUGGUAUUUCUUAGUAAUUAUGGGAAGAGUCAGCAUUAUUCCAGUGAGAAGUCAGCCUUCCUUCUUUCCAUCCUGGCUUUUGUUGACAUGGUAGCCAGGCCUUCCAUGGGACUUGUGGCCAAUACAAAAUGGAUAAGACCUCGAGUCCAGUAUUUCUUCGCUGCUUCUGUUGUUGCCAAUGGAGUGUGUCACUUGUUAGCACCUUUAUCUGACAGCUACCUUGGGUUCUGUAUCUAUGCGGGAUUCUUUGGCUUUGCCUUUGGGUGGCUCAGCUCCGUACUGUUUGAAACACUGAUGGACCUCGUUGGACCCCAGAGGUUCUCCAGCGCUGUGGGCUUGGUGACCAUCGUGGAAUGCUGCCCUGUGCUCCUGGGACCACCGCUUUUAGGUCGUCUCAAUGACAUAUAUGGAAAUUACAAGUACACAUACUGGGCAUGCGGCAUCAUCUUAAUCAUUGCCGGAGUUUAUCUCUUCAUUGGCAUGGGCAUCAAUUACCAACUUAUGUCAAAAGAACAGAAAGCACAGGACAAGCAGAAAAAGGAAAGCAAAGAGGAGGAGACCAAUGUAAAUGUCGAGGAGAAGCCAAAAGAAGUCACGAAAGCAGCACAGUCUCCCCAGAAGAAAAGCACAGGAGACCCCACAGAGGAGGAGAGUCCCGUCUGAUCGAUCCAUGGGCUGCGCAUGGAAGGAGCAGUCAUGACCCAAGACAUGAGACAAUAUUCUGCUGGCCUAUCCCAGUGGUGCUCAACACAGAUAGCAGACACCUGAUGUACACAUCACAUCGCAGGUGGUGUUGGUGGGCUUUUGUUCUAUUCCUUACCAGUGCCUGGAUUUAAAAGGUCAUGUGCUCUGGUGAGGAAGGGUUUGGUACAGCUGUGGGAAAAGUCAGGCUUCUUUGUUUUUCUUUUUCCUUUCUUAGUUUGUUUUUCGUUUUAAUCUUAAUAGAGUCAUGAAGAUUGUAAUAUGUGCCUUAAGUUUUAGUCUUUAGAUCUCUUUAGAGAGCCUUAACUUUUUAAAUCAUUCUGCUGAAUUCGUCUAUAUUUUAAAUGCCCCCCUUCAAAGGUAAAAUAAGAACUAAUUGAGGCAACUUAAAUUUCAUCUUGAUUUGUCAUGUGUGAUAUGUUGUCAGAUAUUGUUACUGGAACAUACAUGAAUAGAAAUAUUGGUUUAAAAAAUAUUGGCUUUUAAAAAUGCUAAGCUUUUUCUAGCAUCAGUAGUUGCCUAAUGUAUGUGCCUGCUAGUUAUAUACUUAGGAAAUUUUAAGCAAAAAAGCUCAAUAUGUUGGCUGCUCUAGCCACUUCAUAUUUAUGAACCUCUUGGGUACCUUUCUUGAGAUGCUUUAUUAGAAGCCAAAUGUUAGGUCAGUGUUUAAGUUACUACUUUUGCUUCACUGUUCCCAAGACAUUUUGAGUGGUUGCCAAUUAUUGUCUUAUUUGAAAUCACUUGGUAUUAUUUUUCUCAUUGUAAAAGCUAGUACACAUGUUAUAUUUAAUGUAGACAUAUUUCAAACAGCUGAAAUUCAGCUUAGGAUUUUCCAAAACCCUCAUUAUAUUCUGAAACUACU